AUGACCUCCUGCUCCGCAAACCACCCUCGAUGCACCGGCGGAACUGCAAUCACUACCAUUGCUGUCCCAGUAUCGACUACUGUUUGCCCAGUCACCUUUGACACUGCUACUGAGGUUGUUGCGGAGACAACCAAGCCCCCGACCAAGCCACCUGUGCAUCACACCACGAAAUUGACCACGUCCACCAUCUACACCACUCAGACUCGCACCGUCUCUACUUGUGGAUAUGGUGCUGCCUGCUCGAACGGUCCUUAUGUGACGACCGGGACGAUUGGUGUCUCGACCACUGUUUGCCCCAUCACCGAGACGACUUCGCCCUCGACGCUUUACACCACCCAGUCUUACACCGUGACAAGCUGCCAUCCUGAGAAGCAUCAGUGCACUGUCGGCCAUGUUACCACCACUGUGUAUCCCACUGGCACGACUUGCAUUUCUCAGUGGACUACCUCGGAGGCCAUCCCCACUUACACUGAUCCCGCUGGAAAUAAUACUACGUCAGUUGUGGUUGAGACUAGCUCGACUGCCGUGUAUGAGCUGCCCACUUCUACCGAGUCAGCCUCGACAUCUGUCUCUACACCUUAUUACCUUAACAGCUACGGUUACAACGUCUACCAGGCUGCUGCCGUUGACGGAAGCUCCGCCACCUCCACCACCAACCUUGUUCUACUCACUAGUGCCGCUGGUCGUGUUGCUAGUGGUAUUGAACUCAUCACUGAGGCUUUUGCCGUCAUGGCUCUUUUCCUUUAG